UUGCCGUGUUGGUCCAAUUUGGAGCGCAUUUCAUCAAGACCAUAUCACCACUGAAGGCGUACUAUGCCAAAGACCCUCAGUGGAGCCCUCCUAUUGACUCCUUACGAUGGGGUUGGUUUCAAUCUAUCGGCACUCUUCCAAACCUCAUCCUUCCCGCAGUAGGAGGAGUCGUCGUAGACAAAUGCUGGGGAGUUAAACUCGGCGUUAUGUUCUUCCUUGGGGUCGUUUGCACAGGGCAACUGAUAUUUUUCCUUGGCACGAAAAUACACAUUUUCUGGUUGGCACUCACUGGAAGGUUCAUCGCAGGCCUUGGGCAGGGCUGCGUGUCUUCACUCACAGGAGCGAUAGCGGCGAUUUAUUUUCCCAAUAAAAUUACCUUUGCAAUAGGAUUGACA